AUGCGGCUGGUGGCAGGCCACUCACCGUCAACAGCAACAAGGAACGUCCACCUCUACAACAUCAACCCGCAGUAUGUCUGGCGUGGCGACGCGCUCACUAUCCAAAACGCAGACCAGGUCUGGGUUGACCACUGCAAGUUCAGCCUUGUCGGUCGUCACAUGAUCCUAUCUGGCUGGGAAGCCGCAGGCCAUGGCAUCAUCUCUAACUCCGAGUUCGAUGGUCGGACACACUGGUCCGCGACCUGCAACAACGAGCACUACUGGACCCUCCUGCUCAUCGGCGCGAAGGAUUACUACACCAAUGACGCUACAAACCUCUUCCACGCCGUCAACAAUUACUUGGAGGAUAUGGCCGGUCAUGCCUUUGACACUGAGGCGAAUACCUGGUCGCUUAUUGAGGGAAAUGUCUUUAGCAACGUAACCAUCCCCAGGACCACCGCCUCAACCACAAAGUCCAACGCCAUCUUCAACAUGCCCUCGGGCCCAAAGAAGCAUUAA